CUGGUUACUUUCCGUUUAAGCUUAAGCGGCGUUGAUAGUUCUGAUUUCAGACUUACUCGCCGUUUUGAAGGACAUCGCGAUGGCGUUUGGCACGUAACGGCUGACGCCACACGCAGUAUUUGUGCCAGUGCGAGCGCUGAUCAAACGGCUCGAAUAUGGUCACUCAACUCUGGUGCCUGCUUGUAUGCCUACACGGGUCAUUCUGGCUCCGUGAACUGCGUAGCAUUCGCUCCUUUGCCGGAGUCGCAGUCAGGUGGCGAACUAACCAUAGCGACAGCAAGUGGAGACGAGUCAGCGCACAUUUGGAAGGUGACCAUUGGACAGCACGCAGUGUUGAGUUCCGAUGACGAUGAAGACGAGAAGGCACCCGUCGAUAGUGCAGGAGGUGAAGGUGAUACCGCGCCUCCAUCAAGCACCGAAGGAGCACGGGUAAAGAACGCACUGAUGCGGCUUACAGGCCACACCGGCGUGGUGAUUGGUUGCGAUUGGCUAGAAGGUGGAAGUCAGCUGAUCACAGCGAGUUGGGAUCGUACAGCGAACAUAUACGAUGUGGAACGAGGCGAGGUACUGAACAUAUUGAGCGGGCAUGAGAUGGAACUCAAUCAUUGCUCAGCACAUCCGAAUCAGAAGCUUGUGGUCACAUCGUCGAAAGAUUCCACGUUCCGGCUUUGGGACUUCCGCGAGACUAUACAGUCUGUAGCCGUGUUUCAGGGACAUCAGGACUCCGUGAGCUCUGUAGCGUUUUCAAGCGGCGAUCGAAUUGUGUCGGGCAGUGAUGAUCGAACUGUAAAGGUUUGGGAUUUACGUAACAUGCGCAGCGCAAUAUCAACGAUUCGCCUAUCAUCAGCCGCCAAUCGGUUAUCGGUGAGUCGAACUCACGGUGCAAUCGCCAUUCCUCUUGACAAUCGCCAUGUACGGAUCUAUGAUCUGGCCGGGAAUAGGCUACCUCGAGUACCAAACAGAAGAUGUCAUUCACGGAUGGUUUCCUGUGCAGCUUGGGCCGACGAUCAUCCCCAUUGCAACCUUCUCACGUGUGGAUUCGAUCGAGGUGUUGCAGGGUGGAAAGUCAUGUUAGCAAAAGACUAG